CGGCCCAACACCGGCCGAACCCUAUCCCACCCUCAUCCACCCGCACGCGCCGCACAGACCGGUUGCUCGCUCCAACGCCGCCGCCGCCGCCUCCCGACCGCACCUGCGAGCCCCGCCCCACGCCGGCGAGCCCCGCAGCGGUGCGCCUCGCACCCACACGCGCCACUCUCCCAUCACACGAGCUUGCGGCCGUGGGGCGCAAUCCCUUCCGCGGCCACCGUCCCUGGUGUCGUGCCCAUCGAUCUCGUCGUUACGGAUGCGACCUCAGCGUCUUGCCCGCUGUCCUGACUGUUGCGGACACGUCCCUAGCGCCGCACCAGCCAUCCUCGCCGUUCAGCCUCUGUCCUCGCCGUCGACCCCGCCGCCGCGGGCAUCUUCCGGUCCGUCGUCCCUGCUGCACGCUCGUAUGGGUUGUCGUACGCACCGUGUUCUUCCUCAUUGUAGGCGAGGGCACGGAGAUCUCUUCUUCCUCGAGGUACCCCCAUCUGCAUCUCAGCGACCAUGGCUGCUAUUGCUACAACUUGUUGGGGGCCAAUGUCUGCUACUGAUGGCGACUUGGCUUCCGGUUCUAAGGAGGAGGAGGGCAGCGGCAGAGUUUCCUUGUGCAAUAGUUGCUCUUAUAUGUGCGUACCUUCUUGAUGUGAAGCCUUGGAGGUGGACGCUGGAAUCUGGGUAAUGUCACAAGGAAGCCAACAUAUGACGUUUUGCUUUUGAGAAGAUGGAGAUGAGACAUUUUGUAGCGAAUCUAUAGAUUGUGCAAGCAAACAUAUGCCUUGUGCCUAUUAUUUAACCUAGCUAGGUUGUAUGUGUUCUUUUCCUUUUGGAAUGAUGACCUGUAAUGAAUUAUGCAAGACUUGAUAAUGUUGGCUUCAAUAAAAAUUUGAGAUAAUUUAUCUUAUA